CAACAACAUAAAACAAAACAAAACCCCCCAGAAAACUGAGGUGGCAUGGGAGGGGCCAGUCAGUACGGGGCAGUGGCCAGGCCCUCAGUGCCUCCCGGCCCGGUGGGUGUAGCUGAAGAAGACAGCGUCUGUUCUGGACCUAAGUCACACACCACGUGGAGGAGUUCCAGUCGGCCCCUUCAGAGAGCAAUGCCCAGAGAGUUCCUGUCACUCGGGGACCUCCCACAGCCGUAGCCCACUCCUCACCACCUGUCUGGUGAACAAACCCCCAGCACCCCUGCUAUGGAAGCAGCGUGGUUAUGUAUGAGCGUCAUCGCUAUGGUGCCGACAAGUGACUGUUACUGGUGUAUGCAUCACCCGUGCCACUGUGGAUCAUUACUUCAGAGACGUACGUGUGGCCUUGGUGUGGUGCAGCAGACCUGGGGAAGAUGAGCAGUGAUGUCUGUGUCCAUUCCUGGCCCUGCUCCUACUACUUGGACCUUGAGAAGCGAUGGGUCUCUGGGAAACUGUCCUUGACGCCUCACUCGCUGAAGUUCACGGCGGACAGAGCUGGAGAGGUCCUCAUGGGCUUGCCCCUCUCCAGUGUUGUGGCGAUCAGGAAGGAAGCCUCGCACUUCAUCUUCAGGGCUGUCACCGUCCUUGAGCGGGGCCACGUCAAGCACUGGUUCGGCUCCCUGCGGCCGAGCCGCGAUGUUGUCUUCAACAUCAUUGAGCACUUUUGGAGGGAGCUGCUGCUGUCCGGGCAGGGCACUGGUGUGGACGUGCCCUCCUCCGCCGGGACCAGGGGCCAGGAGCUGACGGGGCUGAUGUGCAGCUCUCAGCGGCGUCUGGAAGUCACCGCCAGGGUCCUUCACCACCAGGGCGAGCAGCUGGACAGUGUCAUGCGGGGCCUGGACAGGAUGGAGUCAGACCUAGAUGUGGCCAACAGAUUGCUGACAGAACUGGAGUCCCCAUCCUGGUGGCCCUUUCGCUCCAACUUUUGGAAGAGAGCAGCAGAAGUGAAGCCCAGGGAAGCUACCUCGGUUGCUGGUGGUGAGCUGUGUAGAAAGGAAGGGGUCAUGGUCCAGGUCCCCGCGGUGAUUUCUCAAAGAACAGAGUCUCACGCCCAGCCAGGAAGGCUCACUGUCCUGGUGUCUGCGCUGGAAAUCCACAACUCCAGCUCUGUGCUCCUGCACAGGUUCCAGAGGGAAGACGUGGAUGACAUUAAGGUCCACUCGCCCUAUGAAGUGAGCAUUCGGCAGCGGUUCAUUGGGAAGCCCGACGUGGCUUACCGCAUGAUAUCUGCCAAGAUGCCGGAAGUCAUCCGCAUUUUAGAAGUGCAGUUCAGCAAGAAGGUCCAGCUGCUGGGAGAUGCUGCAGUGCUCGGGAGCUCGGGAGCCACUUCCUCAGCGGGACAGAGCUGGCCUGUGUGGCCCGAAGCAUCCGGGCUCAUGGGCUGUGCUGCGCACCGAGAGCUGCCUGAAGGAGGCCAGGAGGGCGGGCAGCCGCAGCUGCAGAGGGCCCAGCCGCCCGUUUCCGAGGAGGACACCCAGGAACUGAUGCAGAUCCUGAGCAAGCUGAAAGAGCUGGCACUGGACACUGAGGCAGAGCUGGAGCGGCAGGAUGCAGCCUUGGAUGGCAUCAGCACUGCCGUGGACCGCGCCACCCUGACCAUGCACAAGCACAACCAGCGCAUGCAGCGGCUCACCUAG